UUCAGUAUUCGUCAGUCACAGUCCGAAUAAACAUGGCGGCGAUUGAAGUUGAGGUUCCUAAAGCGGAGUCCGCAAUGCGAACUCUGAAGUUGUCGGGGCACGUCGGAUUCGACAGCCUUCCAGAUCAGCUGGUGAAUAAGAGCGUGCAGAAUGGAUUCGUCUUCAACAUCCUUUGCAUUGGUGAGACUGGUCUUGGAAAAUCAACACUUAUGGAUUCGUUGUUCAAUACAAACUUUGAGUCAUCCCCCAGCCCACACAACCUACCUACAGUGAAACUGAAGGCACACACUUAUGAGCUGCAAGAAAGCAGUGUCAGAUUAAAGUUGACAAUUUGUGACACGGUGGGCUACGGUGAUCAAGUGAACAAGGAGGACAGCUUCAAGGCGGUGGUGGACUACAUAGACGCUCAGUUUGAGGCUUACCUGCAGGAGGAGCUGAAGAUUAAGCGUUCCCUGCCCACUUACCAUGACAGUCGUCUGCAUGUCUGUCUGUACUUCAUCUGUCCAACGGGACAUGGUCUGAAGUCAAUCGACCUGGUGUGCAUGAAGAAGUUGGACACGAAAGUGAACAUCAUACCGAUCAUUGCAAAGGCUGACACCAUCUCUAAGACGGAGCUGCAGAAGUUCAAGUCAAAGAUAAUGCACGAGCUGCAGGCGAACGGUGUAGAGAUCUACCAGUUCCCAGUUGACGACGAGUCCGUGUCUGAAGUGAACGGCGCCAUGAACUCUCACAUCCCCUUCGCUGUCGUCGGCAGCACUGACUUUGUGAAGCUGGGCAACAAGACUGUGCGCGCACGACAGUACCCCUGGGGCACUGUGCAAGUGGAGAACGAGUCUCACUGCGACUUCGUGAAGCUGCGCGAGAUGCUGAUCCGCACCAACAUGGAGGACAUGCGCGAGAAGACUCACGCGCGUCACUACGAGCUGUACCGGCGCCGGAGGCUGCAGCAGAUGGGCUUCAGCGACGUGGACGCGGACAACAAGCCCGUCUCCUUCCAGCAGACCUUCGAGCAGAAGCGCAGCGCACAUCUCGCCGAGCUGCAGCACAAGGAGGAUGAGAUGCGCCAGAUGUUCGUGCAGCGCGUCAAGGAGAAGGAGGCGGAGCUCAAGGAGGCCGAGAAGGAGCUUCACGCGAAAUUCGACAAGCUGAAGAAGGACCACACGGAAGAGAAGAAGCGCCUCGAGGAGUUGCGUAAGAAGAUAGAAGACGAGACGAUCGAGUUCAACCGGCGCAAGCAGCAGAGUGCGCAGCCGCAUCACACGCUCACACUCGGCAAGAGCAAGAAGAAGUAGACAU